AUGCUUUUACAUAAACACUCAGCAUAUAAUAUCACACCUGAAGCCGACGGUCACUUGUAUCAAUGCUAUCGUACUACAACAGACUUUAUUAAAAGAUUCGUUGAUCAGGCAACGUUAAAUGCAUUCAAGAUAAUCAAUAACUUGGGUGAACUUACUUUUGACAAUGUGACUGGUAUAACUACACGGAAAUUAGGCUAUUUCGGUAAUGAAUGGCCUACGUGUGGCAGUUUGACCGCACGAAAUGGAUUAGAAACUGUGACAAAUGAAAUGAAAUCGUGGAAUGCAUUAUCAGCUUUGAAGGAUUGGAUGUUCCAUGUAAACUUCAUGGGUCUUCAAUAUAAAUAUAAUAUUGAAAUUUAUACAUACCAAGUUCUUUGGAGUGUACCUACUCCAGCGUAUCCCGAACCUCAAGUCACAGUCAGUGUAUUCUUCCACAUCGCUUCGAAUCACACUUAUCCUCCUCAUUUUCCCCUCGAUGUUUCCUACAUUUUCGAAGGACAUCAGUUUACACAUACUUUGAAUAUGAUUUUCAGACCUAAAUGGCUUUAUGAUAUUUUAGAUAUGAAAACAAUGAUGUUUAAAACAUUCAAUUUUUAAUAUUAUACAUAAAUAUAAAUUACUUUUUGCUAUACGAUAUCUAUCGUUAUUCUUAAAGUUCAACUGACUUCGGUUGAAAUACACUCUGCAAUUGCAGUUUAAUUUACAUUUGAACACGUAAAACUUUUAGCGAGGGUAAACAAUAACGAGUUUAAGAGGCAUAUGCAAAGUAUCGUAAAAGUAAGGGUGUCGUAUUCCUCGAAAAUGGGCACAGGCCUGCUGCACUCUGGUUGAGUGGCAGACGUAGGUUUAUUUCAAUUGGUCAAGCAGCAAGAGCAGGUGACAACUGCAAGGGAAAAUACAACUACCUCGGCCGUUGCUUUUAGUUUCACUUACACCGCUUACAACUACUGAUCAGCAUUGAUUUUGGUAAAAUAUAAUAUUUCUAAGACAGCAACUUUGAUUCAUUCUUACCAAUUCUCAAAUAGUCGUUCUCCAUUUUUUUGUAAUAUUAUCUAUUUCAUAAAAAAAAAACAGUAAUUCCAAACAGACUCUCCCACAGAGUAUAUGCAGAGCACUUGUCGCUUCGAAAGGAUCUAUUUAAAUUUUCAUCGAGCACAUCGAGGAGGUGUAAACCGUGCGUUGGUCUUUCGGAUGGUUUCUCUCUCUCUCUCUCUCUCUCUCUCUCUCUCUCUUUCUCUCUCAAUCUCAAUCUCUCUCUCUCUCUCUCUCUCUCUCUCUCUCUCUGCUUUUUUACAUGCCAUUCGGUUUCGGUGAUACCACGACAAAUAGAAGACAAUUUCAAAACCUGAGAGGGACUUCACCGAGCUCGCGUGCACAUGGUGGUCGGAUGACACUGGGAGGUCUGUGUUUCUCGGCAGGAGCCUGGAAUAUCGACAACCACGUGUCGAGCAUAUCUGACUCGAUCCACGCGUCGUGUACCCCUUUAGUCUCACUAAAUUAAGUACGUAGUAAUGUUUAGCAGUGUACGCACUUUAAAAACAUUUAUACUUUGUCGUAUUUAUAUUAUACUAUAUUUCUCUCGUAUUUAACAAUAACGAUUUCUGUAUAGUAUUAUAAUGGACGCGUGUUAAAAGAGUAAACGGGUUAUUAACACGAGUAGGUGUUAAUGUAGAGUA